AUGUUCCUUUUACCUUUUGUUACAAUACUACAUGUAUCUGUCAGAAGGUGAACAAUGUAGAAAUGGUCAGCUGCCUGGAAUACAAUAGGCAUGUCAUAUACGGAAGAACAAAAGAGAACACAAGUAUGUCUGACUCCUUGGUAAUUCAGGUGCUCAGAGGGGAACUUUUUUUCCUUCUCUUGUAUGUAGCUGUUUCAACAAGCCCAGAAUGAAUUACAUCACUUCCUAAACACUCAACUGAAAGUGUCUCCAUAGCUCAAAAGAAAAAAUGCUCACAGAUAGAAAGGAAACAGGAAAUGUUGACGUUUCUCUAAGGGGUUAAGAGAAAAACAAACCAGAAAUAACUACAGGAGAUCAGGGAUGGACAUUGGGAAGAAUAUGCUGAAAUACCUCGGUGCCACAGCCUCGCUUGCCCUGUUACCUGCUGCGUCUGGUGGGUUGACAUCUACAGAAUCGGAUGUAUUCUCAGGAAAUUACCAUACAACUCAGUCCAUUGGAUGGACAGAAGAAGGUAUCCCAGAGCUAUCAGCUAUUUCAGCUAACACAGAGUCUGGAAAUGAGACACCUGUAACUUUUACCCCAUCCGGAUUUGAAGAUAGUAAGGGUUUUGAUAUGACAACAUCAAAUAACGGUAUUUUCUUGAGCAAUAAUGGAGUCAGUAUCACUAGUAUAGUGCUGUUUGCACUGCCUGUCCUCAUUCUGGUGCUUCUAGUUCCACUCAUAUAUGUAAUCAUUAAGCACAAAAAGUGGAAAAAAGACAACAAAGAUAUGACAAGGGAUGAAAACGUCAAAAGUCCAAUAUUUGAAGAAGAUACUCCAUCUGUCAUGGAAAUUGAAAUGGAGGAGCUUGACAAGUGGAUGGACAACAUGCGAAAAAAUGGUAAUCGUUUGUCUGUUCUGGUAGAAGAAAAGGUUCAGAUGGACCAAAGCGACAUCGAAUCCUAGUGACAAGUGGUGAAAA